GUCAGGGGCUCCCCCCCCCCUUCCACAGUUAUCCCCCAGUUUACCUUCGGACGAGCCUGUAAUGGACUACUCCACUUCUCCCAGCAACCUGGACGGAUUUUAAGAAAGCAUUUUUUUUUAGCUCCACAUUCAAGUCAGCAGGAUGGCUGAAAAGCAGCCCGAAUCGCCUGGAAAACUAAAGACAUUAUAGGCUUUUUUUGGGGAAUAGGGGGCAUAUCCGAACGGACUAUUUUUUUCACAACUUUCCCCACUGUGGAUAAUGGAUGGCAGAGAUUUUGGACCCCCCCGAUCCGUCCACGGUCCGCCUCCGUUGUUGGCGGGUCUCUCCAUGGAGGCUCACCGCCUCGGAGCAGCAGCUGCAGCCGGGAGGAUCCCUCCCUCUCCCGGCCAUCCACCGCCUCUCCACUCGGGGAAAUUCAUGCCAUCGGCCAUUAACCUACAUCCACACCACAGCGAUGCCUACUCUGCAGGCUCCAGUCCCUUCCUGUCUGGUUACCACGGCCCCUCCCACCUGACCUCUGACCCCGGGUACAGAUCGGCCAAUCCCAGCAGUCUGCAGAUGGCUCAGCUCUGGGCAUCACACGCUCAUGAAGGCUACCCUCCCAUACCCAGCAGUCUGUACUCCAGCCCUUACCACCUCUCCCUGGGACACCUGGACCCCUCCUCCCUCCCCCAGCACCAUCUCUACGACUCACACAAAGAAGGGUUUUACCUGCCAGCUUCGUUGAGCCAGUUGCCUCUCCACCCUCCGUCGGCUCCUCCAGCGCCCGCCCAGCUCACCCCCCCGCAGAGGACGUCCCGGGACGGGGGGAGGGACCGGUCUUACCGUGGGGAGAGGGAGCGGGAACGUGAACGGUCCAGAUUAGAGGAUCAGAGGCCUCACAGUGUGGUGGACCUGACGCAGGACGGGAGGAGCGAGGACGGGAGAAGAAAGAGAAAGAGAGGGGAGAAAGAGAGGGAUACGGAGAGAGACUCGUGGCCCUUCCAUCAUCACCCUAACCCCCACCAGCAGAAAACUCACUCCACAGAGCCCCGAUCCAGACCCUCACCCCCUCAUCACGCCUUCCCUCAAAGUGGGGGUCGGGAAGAAUCCAAUAACCCGGACCGACAAAGGAAAACGACUACGGCCACCAUCCCCCCUCCUCCCCCCGCGUCUCACCCCUCUGCCCAGCCUCACCCCUCUGCCCAGCCUCACCCCUCCACACACAGAGAGACUCAGCGGGUGAGUGCGCCGACAUAUGUGCCUUCUGUGGAGGUUUACGACGAGCGGGUCGGCCCGAUCCAGAUCGCCUCUCAGGCCCGGGACAACAAACAGAGGGAGAGGGAGAGAGAAAGAGAGCGAGAGAGAGAAAGGGAGAGAGAAAGGGAGAGAGAGAGGGAGAGCUACAGGUUUCCAGAGAGGAGCCUGCCGGAUCACCCUCGACUCUCCCAAUCUGGCGAUUCAGGCAAUCAAAGAGAGGAGGGGUCGGUCAUUUGUUCCAAUGGAUCGAUCGGAAAACGAGCCAGGAAGGGGUCGUACCCUUCCGGCCAGUCACGGUUCAGCCCGGAUGUCUCCAAACAGCCAAUCAGAUUGGGCACAGAGCGGGCGGGGGCGGAGCCUAAAUGGAACACGAUUAGCCCGUUAGCUAAUUAUGCUACGAGUCACAUGGCUGCGCUGGCGGCUCAACACGGACACACACUCCCCUCCCCCGCACACACACAGAUGUCAACGACCCACCGAGCAGGAAGCACCCCGCACUCCCCCCAAACUCACCCCUCUCAAACUCACCCCUCUCAAACUCACCCCUCUCAAACUCACCCCUCUCAAACUCACCCCUCUCAAACUCACCCCUCCCAGCGGCCUGGGGAGGAGGGGGGUCAGAGACGCUACCUGGACCCCGCGACGCUCUACAGACCUGGCGUGUCGUUGGCGAGUGAGCGAGGCGGGGUGGCGGGGCCGGACCCCUCUGAGGUCUCAGCCAUGCAGAGUCUGAUUAAAUACAGCGGGAACUUUGCUGCUGAGGGGCCCGGGGCUUCCAGGCAGACAGGGGAGGGACGAGGGCCCUUUGGGGGUCUGGCUCACGUGGUCUCAGAGGGUGACAGAGAACGAGAGAGGGAGAAAGACAAAGACAGAGACAGAGACAGAGACAGAGACAGAGAUAGAGACAGAGACAGAGAUAGAGACAGAGACAGAGAUAGAGAGAGGGUUUCUGUGGGAUCCAUGAGGGUGCCGCCCCCCCUGAAGAGGGAGCAGGAGAGGCCGGACAGCGCCCGCUCGUUUGGGCGGGAGGCGGAGGGGGAGGUACGCCACCCCCCUGUGGGCAUCGCGGUGGCCGUCGCCCGGCAGAGAGACAGCAGCAGCUCCAGCAAACAGAGCGGAGGAAACUCAGACUCCCAGAGAGCAAUGCUGCAAAACGCAAUCAAAGAUGAGGAGCGGGGCGAGGACCGCGGUCGUCACCAUGACGAUCGGAUGCUGGUCGGCCGACUGGAGCGCGAGCAGGACAAAGUGCUCAGAGAGUCCAAGGAGCUGGCAGAGUUCACUCAGAUGCAUCCCCCUCCUCUGUCAAGCGGCAUGACUCCCAGCAUGAUGGCACCCAGCCUCAUGACCUCUAACCUCAUGGUGACGGGAGGGGCCGCUCUGGCCGGGGCGGGACGAUGGCCCCCCGACCCGCAGACCCUCACCUCUCACCCCUGGAUGCCCCGACCCGGAGCCCCCCCAGUCUGGCUCUCCAGCUCCCCGUACAGCCUCGGUCCAUCCUCUCUACACCAGGCUCUCCCCCAAGGUUACCCCCCCUCUUUGCAGGGUUCAAUGCCUCCUCCAUACCAGUUAGCACGGGACCCUCAAUCUGGACAGUUAAUAGUCAUCCCCACUGAACACCUGCAACACUACGGAGGUGAUGUUAUGGAUCGUGGAGGCCCGGUGUGGCCGGGUGUUUACGGUACGAGCAGCUCCCUACAACACGCUGCCCAGCUCCAGCUGCUCUCUCAGCAGCAGAUGCUCCGGCAACAGGAGCUGCUGAUGAUCCAGCAGCACACAGCGCAGGUCCUGGAGCUGCAGAGGAACGCACAGCUAGUUGAGCGAUUUAAGGCUAGCGAGCACCGGCCGGAGAUGGAAGACAAAGCAGACAAACGUCACUCCGACCCCAAACCCCGGCGUUCCUCCAUAUCUUCCCCGUCUCCCUCACCCAUCCUGCAUCCCCGCAAACUUCCUCCUCACUCUCGCUCGCCCACCCCGUCCACCUCCUCUCUCACUCCGCUGCCUCCGCUCCCCUCGCCAGUGACUGCCCUGAAGUCAGAGGAAGGCGGGCAUAGAGUUUUGUCCCAUCCGCCGACGCCCCUUCCUCACCCGCCUUCCCCACGAUCAGCCUCUCCUCCCCCGUCCUCCCCACGGCGGCCUAAACUGGAGGAGGGGGAGGUGGGACGGAGGGUUCAGAGAGAGGGACAGAAGCCGGCCUCUGCUUCCUUUCAAGGCGUCUUCUCUGAUCUCCCUCCAGGUUACCCUUACCAGUCCAUCACCGCCCCAUUUGGCUCACCUUUCCCCCCUUAUCACAUCCCAGCACCCUCAGGGGCAAACACAGAAGUCGUCCCACCUCACCGCUCCCGAUCUCCUUCCUCUGCUGCCCCUUUGCCCUCAGCCCACCUCCAUCCGAGGCUGCAGGACACAGACAUUAAGCCCCCAAAACAGACCGGAUCUUUCCUGAAGCAGGAACCAGGCGUGGAGCAACCUCCGCUCGACACGAGGCCCGAACCUCUGGGUGCUCUUCAUCGAAGCUGCAGCCCUGUUCCCUCCAGAGAGGAAGCCCGGGAAACACAGAAGCUUCAGACGCUAACUCCUCGUGUCCCGAGCCCUCCAUCGCUACAAAGGGAAAGACUGCAAGGAAUAAGGGAGGAAGACAAGGAAGGAGGGCAAAUCAAAAUGGAGGUGUCGUCUUAUUCUUGUCAGGCCACAUAUGCCCUGCCUCCUGAGUCUGAGCCCAAACCAGAUGUCAUGAAGGAUCCAGAACAUUAUCCAUCAUGCGUCGCUGCAGAUUCAGACAACGAGGAGUUACAACAUAUAACCAGCGCAGUGUGUGAACAAGAACAGCCACACACUCCCAUCAACUCACACACUCCCAGUCAGAAAGAAAGUGUCACUGAAACUCCCGUUUAUCAUCCGUCCGCUUCCAACUCGCCGCUCCCGCUGAUCAUCGGCCCUGAGGAUCCCAUGGCGGGGAUGUUCGCCCUGCUGGCAGCCAGUGAAAUAGCCCAGGCUCGACCAACAACUCCACCCGCUCCAACACUCUUACCGCAGAUAGAAAUCCACUCGUUGGGUGUGGAUUGCAGCGGUGCCGGUGCUCUGGAGAUGGUGGCGCUGGAGGGGAUGGCCCUGCUCAGCCAAAUGGCUCAGAGGGAGAUGGAGCAAAUCAGCAUGGAGCAAGAUCUGACAUUAGAGGGUCUGGACGGUCUUCUUGAAGCGAGCAGGCAGAUUCUGUUGGAGGCGAUCGAGAAGCAGUCGCACAUCGACCUGCCCAGAACGCUGGACCCCAACAAGAAGUACAGCUGGAGGCAGAGGAAGGAGCCGCUGUACAGUAAAAUGUCUGUGGACGUGUUGGAUGCCGUGGAGGUGGAAUAUCGCGUUCACCUGGCCGAGCUGCAGAAGACUUACAAGGAGAAGCAGAGAGAUCUGACCAAGCUGCAGAGACGCAGAGACAAACGUGAGCGGCAGCAGCACGAGGACGAGAGGCGGAGUCUGACCCGACGGGGCAGAGGGCGACCCCGUAAGAGGAAACAUUUAACGACACCGACCAAACUGGACAGCAGGCCUGGAAAGGUGGGUAGGACAGUGCAAUACUCCGAGGACUCUGAAGCCGGGGAGGGACAGAGGAAAAGGUUCAGGGUUUCCAGAGAAGAAGAAGAGGAGGCGGAGGCGGCGAUUGGAGGAGUGAAGAUGAAGAAGAAGAAGAAAAAGAAGAAGAAGAGCUGGAACGACCAGGAGCCGUCCACCAGUCACGCUCUGGAGGUGUUGAAGUCAAAGCGUGGCCACGUGUGUGAGCAGGAGCAGCUGGCCUCAGAUCUGGACAGAGCUCUGUCGCUCUCGCAGCUCGGAUCACUCGCAGCUUCUCAUAAACUCAGCUCCAAAUCGGACAAGUCGAAGGUCAAGUCUGGGGAAAGUCGGAUGAAGGAGCGCAGCAUCCACCCGUCCGCUAAGGCUGGGAAACACAAGAUGGCCACCAAGGUUUCCACUUCGGACAGCGCCCUGAAAGUGAAAGGUCAGAAGAAGACGACGACGACUUUGUUCUCUCACGUGAGAUCAGAGCUCAGCAGCUGCUCCAACAACUCAGACUCAGAGGAUCUCACUUCUUCUGCUCGAGGGGGCUGGCCCUCUCUCUCAGGGAUGCGCUCCCACGAAAACCCGACCAGGAAGAGGCCGACGUCACCGCCACCAUCCGGCCUGAAAUCCCAGAAGAAGAAACACAAGCACUUAUCUCUGCUGCUGGAGGAGGCCGGCCUCAGCUCCUCCGACGACUCCUUCGACCAAGAAUCCUCGGAGGACGAAGAGGACUACGAGGAUGUGUCGGACUCGGAGGAUUUGAGCGGGCUCGGUCUGCUGGCCCGGUUCGCAGCGAGCGCAACACCCGUCCCUCCCACGCCUCCGAGCCUCCUGCACGACGGCAAACACCGCAGCAGGCAAAGCACUCUGGGGUCUUCAGAGUGUGAGUGGUCAGACUCGGGCUCUGAUCUUCGUCUGAGGAAGUUUCCGUCUCUUCUUCACGGGAAACGCUCCGCCCCCGAGCUCCCCCUGUUGCCCCCGGUAACGCGCCGCAUCGACCAGAGUAGCCCCUCGAAGCGAGACGACUCUCUUCUGCCAAUCAAACGAAAGCCUCUGCCUAAGCCCCGCCCCACGCUCCAGUCGCCACAGCAAUUCAGCUUCGACCACCCCUCGGGCUCCUCGGGGUUCGCGGGCUUCAGCGAAGACGAGGGUUGGACGAGGCGCCGCAGCGAGAGGAUCUUCCUCCACGACGCCACCACGACAACCAAUCAGAUGCCAGCGUUGGUGUCAGCUUCCACCAGUCAGAGCUGCUCCUCCUCUUCCCCCAGCUCGGCCCCGCCUCUCACACCGAAGCCCCCCGCCCCCCCCAGACCCAAACCCUCCCCGCCCAGCAGAGAGGGGAAAGACCUGAUCAAAAAGAAGAAGCUGAAGGAGUCUCCGGUGAGUCCGGCUCCCCUCUGCAGCCUCUCGGACCCUCUUCCUCCUCCUCCUCCUCCUCCUCCUCCUCUUCCUCCUCCUCUUCCUCCUCUGAGCCUCAGCCCGCAACGCAAGAGCCAAUCCAAAGCCAGACCCAAACCCAGAGAGCCUUCCAGAGGGGCGGUGAGCCGGCUGAUGGAGAGCAUGGCGGCGGACGAAGACUUCGAGCCGAACCAAGACAGCAGCUUCAGCGAAGACGAAUUGGUCACACCGCGAAGCAACAGCGUGUCGGAGAGGGUCUCCACACCGGCUCCGGUGCAGUGUGUGUUGGAUAAGGACUCGCUGGUGGACGGACUCAAAGUUUUGAUCCCGAUGGACGACCAGCUCCUGUACGCGGGACACGUGAACACUGUACACUCCCCCGACAUAUACAGCGUGGUGGUGGAGGGGGAGCGAGGGAACCGACCACACAUCUACUGCCUCGAACAACUGCUGCAGGAGGCUAUCAUCGAUGUGAAGCCUCCGUCUGUCCGUUACCUUCCUGAGGGAACACGCAUCGCCGCCUACUGGAGCCAGCAGUACCGCUGCCUGUACCCCGGCUCCGUGGUCAAUGGAAGUUCAGAUAUCGACGAGAAGGAUGAUCUCAUCACGGUGGAGUUUGACGACGGAGACACAGGACGCAUCCCGCUCUCACACAUCAGACUGCUGCCGCCUGACUACAAGAUCCACUGUGCCGAGCCGUCCCCUGCCCUGCUGGUGUCCAGCUGCUCCCGGAGGAGAGUCCGUAAAUGCAGCAAAGAGAGCAAAGAGGCGGGAACAAAACCUGAAGAUAGCGCUCCGAAAAUCAAAGGGAAACCUGGUCGCAAACCCAAACCCAAACCAGAGACCUCCGUGAACCCAGACGUCCGGGAGAAAGCUGAUCCUCCGUCUUCCUCCAGCGCGCCCGCAGAGAGACCCCCGCCUCCACCCAAGCCUCCCCAGGACAGACCUUCCUCUGUGCAGAAGAACUCUCCGGAGAAACCUCGUCCCGCAUCCCGCCCCACGAUAGGACCCCAUCAGAAACCGGGCCGCAAAAUCUCCACUACGUCCCCACUAAGUAGCCCUAUUCUUCCACUACCGAUUUCCAGGAAAGCCCCCCCAACUUCUGCGGUUAAACAAUCCCGCUCUCUGCCUCCGUCCCUCUACCCCUCCACCUACGGAAAGGUCCUGACGGUGGAUCUGUACAGCGAACCCAACCUCAGCUCGUACACAAACCAGCGCAGAGAUCGAGAAAACGGCGUCAGUCCCACCUCAAACCGACCCUUAAUUAGACCCAAUAUUACAUCCCCCAAGUCUUCAUCCAGGCCCUCUUCAGUAUCCUCGCCCAAAACCAAACCCUCCUCGGAGCAUCACAGAUCGAGCCACAGCUCCGGACUCAUACCCGGCUCCGGACUCGUACCCGGCUCCGGACUCAUACCCGGCUCUGGACUCAUACCCGGCUCUGGACUCAUACCCGGCUCCAUCUCCAGAAUGUCAUCCAGCAAACCUCUGACUUCCAGACCUUCUUUAUCGUCAUCCUCCGCCCCCAGACCCAAACUGAAGAUGGCGUCCGACCGUCUUUCCUCCAGACCCGGCGCCGUCUCGCGGCCCAAAUCCAGCUCCGGACAAGGGGACUCUCUGAUGAGGCGCAAGUCUUUACCGGCAGAGCCUCUCGUGAAGCUGGACCACGAAGGCGUCACCUCUCCAAAAACCAAGAAGACUAAAGCUCUGAUGCUACUGGAGGGUCGGAACGUCAGAGCAGAUCACACGCCCAUCGCCUCGACCAAUCAGAAGCUGGUGAAGGUGAAACCGAGAGUUGAUAGAGAGUGUGUUCUUCCAGAGAAAGACGCUCACUGCAAACCGCCGAUUCUAACAAAGGAGAAGGCGGAGAACCGUGGAAGAGGACAGGAGACGAGGGAAGAGAAAGGCAAAAAGGAGGUAGAGAGGAAGGUGAAGAAGGAGGAAUCUCACAGCAGCAGCAGCUCAGAGUCGGAGGAGGAACGUGACAAGGUGAAGAAGAAGAAGAAGAAGAAGAAAUGCACCUCUAGUUGCUCGUCCUCCUCUUCGUCUUGCUCCGGUUCCUCCUCGUCUUCUUCGUCAGGGUCCUCGUCCUCGUCCUCUUCGUCCACCGAUGACUCCUCCUGCAGCUCGGAUGAAGAGAGGACCUCCACCCCUCCUCCAGUGCCAAUCACACCUCCUCCAGUACAGGAGAAAGCGAAAGAAGAACCGAAAGAGGAAGAGGAGGAAGUGAAGAAGGAGGAAGUGAAGAAGGAGGUGGUGAAGAAGGAGGUGGUGAAGAAGGAGGUGGUGAAGAAGGAGGUGGUGAAGAAGGAGGUGGUGAAAGAGGAGGAAGAAGAAGAGAUGUCUCCUCCCUCAGAAUCUCCCUCUCCUUCGUCCUCUCCGACGCCUCCUGCUCCCGUCAAACCUGUGAAACCAGCGACCGGGAAAGGCUCCGGGCAGAGGGGUCGUCCUCCCAAACCGAAGCCCAGCGGAGGGGAGGGGAAGGUGGGCAGGCCGAAGAGGAGGGAGGGGGUCCACAUGCCCACCACCAAGGAGCUGGCCAAACGUCAGCGGCUCCCCAGCGUGGAGAACAGACCCAAAAUAUCUGCGUUCCUUCCAGCCCGACAACUCUGGAAGUGGUUCGGAAAACCCACUCAGAGACGGGGUAUGAAAGGCAAGGCGAAGAAGCUCUUCUAUAAGGCCAUCGUGCGCGGCCGGGAGAUGAUCCGCAUCGGAGACUGCGCCGUCUUCCUGUCCGCCGGACGACCCAACUUACCGUUCAUCGGACGCAUCCAGAGCAUGUGGGAGUCGUGGGGCAGCAACAUGGUGGUCCGGGUCAACUGGUUCUACCACCCCGAGGAGACUAACCCCGGCAAGAAACUCAUCGACAAGAAGAACUGGGAUCAGAUGUGCGGUCUGUCGUUACCUUCAGCUCUGCACUCCUCCAUCAAGAGGAAAGACUUCAUGGAGCGCGCCCUCUACCAGUCGUCCCACAGCGACGAGAACGACGUGCAGACGGUGAGCCACAAGUGCCUGGUGGUGAGCGUGGAGGAGUACGAGCAGAUGACCCUCACCCGGAAGUACGCCGACAGCGAGGACCUCUACUACCUGGCCGGCACCUACGAGCCCACCACCGGCAUGAUCUUCAACACCGACGGAGUCCCAGUCAUCUGCUAAACACACACAAACUCCCAAAACCAAAAUCAUGAGUCCAACACUGAUCUGAAUCAUGAUGGAUCUUUUAAUGACAACACGACAGACUGUUAAACACACCUUCUACUACAGAAAAGGAGACACUAUAGACGGUAUUACAAGGAAAUCAGUCUCUUUUGCACACACACUCUCCAUUUACAUUUACUGGUGCUGUGUUCGUGGGAAAUGUUGAGAACACACACCAGUCUCUUUACUGUAAAUAUACUCCCCGUAAACACACGUGUAAAUACUCCACACACACACACACACGUUAUAUAGAGGACAAAUACGUGUUUUAUUUUCAUGUAACAGAUUUAUGUCAGAGUACUUUUUUCUAAACAGUGGAGAAGCUUUAAUGAACUGUGAAUGAUGAAGAGAGACGGUUGUUAUGAUGUUGCCGUGGUGGUGUUACAGUCACGUUACAGUCAUGUUAAUGUACAGAACAGCAGGAGCGACAGACAGAGAAACAGACGCACAGGAAGAGACAGAGGUAUCCUUUGCUGUCCAACAGAGAGCGCUUUAACAGAUUUUUAAAAUAAUAAAACACUUAUUUUAACCGAUUCAACUCCCCGUGACAAUCCUAACUAAACGCAGGCAGACUGUUUGUCCCUCAGAGACUCGGGAUUCAAAAGAGAGGAAGGAAUAUGUUUAAAAGCACUUCCCAUUUUCAUCCUUGAGUUCCUUGUCUUAAAGGGAUAAAUCCACCCGAGAACACAAUGAAGCCAGCUGCUGUUCGAAUGUCCUGGAUUUUAUUGAGUGCUCAUUUUUGCUUUUAAAACAUUACUUUGACAAAAAGACAUUACAUGUCAUUUGUUAGACGCUUUUAUCCAAAGCGACUUACAUACAUUCAGUACUGUGGACAAUCCCCACAGGAACAAUCUGGGGUGAAGUGUCUUGCCCAGGGACACAACGACAUGCUGACUGCAGUGGGACUCGAACUUGUUACCCCCUGAUUCGAAGUCCAGCACUCUAUCCACUGAGCCACAGCCGAGCUACAAGAUUCAGGCUGCGGUCGAAAAGUAAAAAGAAAUAUCAGGACAAAAGUCGUUUCUCUACCGCCUUCAAUAUUUCAAUCUUAACAACGCUGUAAAACCAGAGCAGUGACAGGCAGUAGCUGCAUUUUCGCACCAACGCAGAACAAAUCAGGGUUUCUGGUACUCAUCGGGCGAAGACAGUUUUAAAACAGCUCUUAUCAUGGCUGCCACUUAGGUACUUCUGGGUAAUUUCCCCCCCCAAAAAAAGACCGCAGUUUCGGGGGAUAUCCAAAACUGGAAUUCUGAAGAAACUUAGGAAAAAUGGGCAACGAUGCAAAGAAAACACUUGAUCAUAAAGUGACCGAACAAGCUGAGAGUGUCGGGUGGAUUUAUCCUUUUAUUUUGUAGCUGUUCUUCAAGGUUGUAAGCAUUGCAGUCCGAGCCGCAUCAAGGUCAUAUCUCUGAUGAAGCUGCCAGCAGUGAUACCAUCACGAACAUAAUUCAAUUUGUACAGUUCCACACUUUGGCAUCAUCUCGACUUGGCUGCAGUGUUUUCAACCUCUAAAUGUCCUGUCUUAGCAAUAUCUUUUUACUUUCUGCUUCUGGGCGUCUAUCUUCACCCUGUUCGAUCACAUUUUCGACCCUCUGAGCAAUCACGUUUGAAAUGAGUGCACUUUUUAAUGACUGGGAGUCUUGUAUGUCUUCCUAAAGUAUUUACCUAACCCCCCCCGAUCGCACAUAAAGAUAAACAAACAUGUUCUCCCCUCUUUUAGCUGCUUAUGAAUAUUUUUCUAUGUGCCUAGUUUAACCGUUUUUUAGGGUGAGACUGUUGAAUGUCGUGCUCAGGGUUGUGAGCAUUUGGGCGGCCUUUUUCUCUCCCAGGCCUUAUGAUGAUUCGCCAAAUCUCUUUAGGUCCCGCCCCCAACAUCAAAGCAAGACUGCUGAUUGGUCAGAUUGGCGUUUUCCCCCAAAAUGCCUUUCUUCUUUGCGAUUUAAAGUCCAAACAACCCUCCGUUUACUGAGCUGUUAACCCACUUUGUUACACUAUUGUGUAUAGAGUUUGUAUCAGAUCUAUAUACAGUAUAUUGCAUACUGUAUGCGUAGUAUAUAUCUGUGAUUAUCAUGUUGAUUUUCUCGUGCCACGUUGCCCUCUCUCUGCUUCGCCGCAGAGAUUGAAGAUUGUCUUGUUGAUAUUCAAUAGUUUUAAUAUGUUCUACUCUUUUGAGAUCUCUUGGUUGUUUUAUCAUAGUCUAUAUCAUGUUUGACUCUGUGAAGGCUUGCGUGACGUCCCAAGAUGUUAAUGUUGUUAAUGUGGCUUAUAUCCCAGAUUAAAAAGAAAAAAGACGUCUGCCAGUAUAGAAGCGUUUCAGUAAAGGAAAAGUUAAUUUGCUGCGAGUAUUGAAAGUGAUUUACCAAGGUACAGAGUGUAGUGUUUUCUGAGAUUACUCGAUCGAUUGAUGACAGACAAAAAAUCCUAUCUGCUAAAUCCCCCCGUCUUCUCCUUCAGGCUGACACACACAUUUCUUCAGACAAAAACAUCUUGAGUGACAG